AUGGUUUAAUUUUCAGAUUUUAAACAGAUGUAUGCUCGAGUUUUUAAAUUCAAUAGCUUGGUCACAUAUCAAACUUCAAAAAUACUGGAAUUAUCCAAUAGAAUCUCAUGUUCAAUUGCUUUAAAUUAUGCCAUAAACUAUUUGUUGAUUUAAAUAAUCCAAAUGCUUCUAUCGGGUUUGAAAAGAUAUUUGAAGAAGUAAAAUGUAAAUAAGAUGCAUUUACAUAUUUAUUUAAAUAGAUCAAUGAAAAUUAAAAACCAGAGUUAACAAGACCCUACUGAAAACUUAUUUAGAAAUAAUGUCCUACUCUAACUCAUUUAAAUUAUUUCAAUUAUCUUUGAAAGAGGCAAAAAUAUUGAGCUUAUUAUAUCUAAAUAGAAACUAAGUGUAUUUACUUUAAAAGAGUAUAUUUUUAUUUUCGAUUUUGAUUUUUUAACAGAAGAUAAAGUUUAAUGUAUAUCGAUGCUGUUACUGACAAAGAAAACAAAAACAAUACUUAUAAUAUAACGUGACCUUGAAUAUAUCAAUUUGGUUGCAGUAAUUAUUAAUUGAGAUUUGCUCUUUUUGAUAAACAAAUUUGGGAGUGUAAGUCAUUAAGGUGUAAUAUGACUAAAGAAAAUUAUAUUUUAAAUAAAAGAGAGC